AUAGUUCACAGUUCAUGCUAUUUUUGUGAGACUUUCCAUUUUGAGCCUUAGAGCAUUCCCUCUCCCAAAAGAAAAAGACCACGCAAUGAAAUCAAAAGAGAAUACCAACCCCACAGUACGGACAGUUUACAUUACAAUUUUCGUGGUUAAUAUUAUUUUUGUGCGAUAUUCCUAUAUAGUUGUUGGUUCAUCGAUUGCUUGCAAUUAAUAAUCCCCAGAAAGAAAAGGUGAUAAAUGAUUACGAGAUUUCUCUAAGUAAUUAUAUGGAUCGGAUUGUUUACAGAAUUUUAUUGCAAUUUGGCAGAUUUAAUUCAACCAUACAACGAAGAUGCCGUUCCUCAUCAUGAAAAUGUCGAGGAGGAUGUGAAACUCAUGGAGGUGGUGGAAUUCCCUUCGAUUAGUGUAGAUUUUGAGGCUAAUGGAGAGGAGGAGAAGCUGGACAUCAUUGUCGGGAGGUAUAAUGUCCAUACCACAUACUUGGCUGUGACUGAACCGGAAGCCGACGAAAAGUCUACCGGCGAUAAGAAUGCUUUCAUGGCCAGUGUUUUAGCUCGUUAUGUAGAGAGCCUCGCUGAAAGAACCCGUCACCAGUUAGGGUAUCAACUUAAUUUGGAUUUGGAUUACGGGGAUCUCAAUCAAUUGCUGCAUUUCCACAUUAACAAUGCGGGUGAUCCAUUUGUUGAGGGGAAUUUAGGUAUCCAUUCGAGGCAGUUUGAAGUUGGCGUCUUGGAUUGGUUCGCCGGGCUGUGGGAAAUCGAGAAGGAUAGAUACUGGGGUUAUGUCACCGGCGGUGGGACUGAGGGAAAUCUUCACGGAAUCCUGGUCGGAAGAGAACUCUUUCCAGACGGAAUUCUGUAUGCAUCCAGAGAAUCUCAUUACUCUGUUUUUAAGGCCGCAAGAAUAUGCAGAGUGGAGUGUGUAAAGGUGGAAACUUUAGCCACUGGGGAGAUAGACUGUGCUGAUUUCAAGAGGAAACUAUCCGUGAAUAAACACAAACCAGCCAUUGUCAAUGUAAACAUAGGAACAACAGUCAAAUGUGCUGUUGACGAUCUUGAUCGUGUCAUAAAAAUCCUUGAAGAGUUCGGGUUCUCUGAAGACAGGUUUUAUAUCCAUUGCGAUGGAGCUUUAUUUGGAAUGAUGCUGCCGUUCAUCAAACAUGCGGUACCAAAAGUUUCAUUCAAGAAGCCUAUUGGAAGUGUAAGUAUUUCAGGCCACAAAUUUCUUGGUUGUCCAAUGCCAUGUGGAGUACAGAUCACCAGAUUAGAGCACAUAAACACGCUUUCAAACAAUGUGGAGUAUCUUGCAACAAAGGAUGCCACAAUCACGGGAAGCAGGAAUGGACAUGCUCCCAUCUUUCUGUGGUACGCCCUUAACCGGAAAGGGUACAAGGGAUUGGAGAAUGAAGUUCAAAAGUGUCUAGCAAAUGCUCGCUACUUGAAGGACCGACUUCGAAAGGCUGGGAUCAGUGCCAUGCUGAAUGAGCUGAGUAAUACGGUAGUGUUCGAGCGACCGCGCAAUGAUGAGUUUAUCCGUCGAUGGCAACUUUCUUGCGAAGGAAAUAUAGCGCAUAUCGUCGUGAUGCCACAUAUCAACGUCGAGAAGCUGGAUAACUUCUUAGAUGAAUUCGUCAAGGGACGAUCGUUAUGGGAAUGUGGGGAUUCAAAACUGUUUAUGCCCUCUUCAUCAGCUAUGAAAAGGGCCUUUCAUGUUUCUGAUCAUUGGGGCUCAAUAAGAAAGGACAGCAUGCACAUUGCCAAUGCUUUCCAACUGUGGGAUGAUAAAUUCAUAGGAGUGUUUUUGUUUUUCCUCUUUGGCGAUGAGGACAUCAAAAUCGGAGCAAUUGAGGAACAGAGAUUAGUCCGUAGGGCGGAGAUUUCGGCAGCGCCAAAGAAGAAUGAUCUUUCCACCAAGUCGCUCUCUGAAAGCCAAUGGAUUUUGGUCUACACCAUCAUCAACAAUGUCUUCUUGUGGGCCCAACCCUUUAAUAGAAACACAAAAGAGCCCAAUCCCAAUUCCUCACUUCCAAUCGUUUUCUCCAGCCCUGUCGCCGUCGGAGAGGUAGAAGAUGAUGAUGGCGAAGAGGAAGCCGUAUGUGGGGAAGUACCAAAGGCAGGAUCAGAGGAUGAUGGGGACGGUAAAAAAGAUGAAGGAGAGAAUGGUUCAACGGUUAAGGUGAGAACGAAGGUUGUGGUAUCUGGUGGACCCGGACAACCCUCAUCUGAAAUAUGCAAAAAGGUCGGUGUGGCUAUUGAUGAGGAUGGCUUGAAACCUGAGCAAGAUGUUUGUGAAAAGACUCAGCUGGAAGUUUCCCAAGCAAAACGUGACGAGGUGGUGGAAUUCAGGGACAAUGUCGUCUUCAAUGUAUAUGAAUAUUCCCCUGAACUCGGUGAGAAGGAGAAAAUGACAGGAGAGGACUGCGAUAGAUCUAAACGCCCUGUUGCCCUUCCUGGGGACAUGGAUUUCUUUCUUGCCGAUUGUGGAGAUGAUGCUGAUUUAUACCCUAGGAGAGAGAAGGGAACCACAUCUUUAGCUUUUCUUUUUGAACACGGGGUUAUGCUAGCGUUGAAUCAUUCCCAGAAGUCGCCUGUCCCAAAUGUUAUUAUAGUUGACUCCCGCAUAGUUGUCACUAUUUCGGGAGGGAGCGAAAAUUUGCUCAAACAUAUGAAAACAAAGUGCAAUGAAUACAAAGGUGAGGAGGGGAGAAGAAAUUCUGUUGCUGAUACAGCAAAGUUGCUGGCUGUCUGUGAUUGUAUGGCAACUGGAGGUCUGCUGAUCGGAGGGUGGGAUGAAAAGGGGACUGCUGUCCUGUACCACGUGAACUGUUUGGGGACAGUGGAAGAUGUUGAAGACAAAAGAAACUGUUAUGGGAGACCAUUUAGCUGGAAAGGUUGGGCCACUGGAUCCGCUGCAGCAGCUGCUCAUGUAUAUCUGGAAAAUGUGUAUGUAUCAUCAUAG